AUGCAAAUAGACACCAAAGAACGCCCAUACGAAUGCAAUGUCUGCCACAAGCGUUUCUCUCGAAGCGAUGUCUUAAGUCGACAUGCCAAAGGCCAUAAUAAUAAAGCCGAGACGACAGCCAGCACCUCAGAACUGCCGAACCGGCAAGUAUCCUUGAUCACUGCUUCUUCAGCCGUUCCAGAUUCAAGCAAUGGCUCUGUCGGUGCGGAGGCACCUUUACCAAAUCUGUCGGGCACCCCAAGAGAUACACCACUUGCAUCAACGGGACUCCCAUCAUCGCUAGAUUAUCUAGCCGACAUAUCAGUCCACCAUGGCCGGAGCGAGACAGAACUGAAUGCAAUGAUGAUAGACGAACAGCAACCAUAUUAUGGAUGGAACGAAGUCAUUCCCGCAGACCAAAGCUCUCAUCGAGCCGGGUUGGCCUUUGACCCUGUGCCAAAAGACAUGCUUCAAAUGUGGCUCGAGCCUCGCACUGAUUCUAUGUCGAAUGGCUCACUUGAUGUAAUGCCUGAUAAUCAAAUAACUCUCCUGGGCGAUAAUAUGAUGCUUACGCCGGGUCAGAAUCGCCAUCCGGUCGAUAGCGGCAAAUCUGGCACCGAAAAUAUUCCAAAUGAACGUUUUUUCAAAGUACAGCGGUGCUGGUUAGCGCCGCCAAACAAAGGGCGUCUCAUAAAUAAUUUAUGGCGUGAUAUUACGAUUUCAUCCGUCGAUAAUAUCUUCUCUGUUCAAUCAUUGCAUUUCUCCAGUGAGCCACGUGCGGCUCAGGGAUCAUGUUGUGGAUUCGAUGAGGAUUGCAGACGACGCCUACAGGCGACAUUUGGGCAUGACAUAACUCCUCCACACACCAGUGCAGGCAUCUCUUCGGCUACACCUGUCUCUUCAUCCCAUUAUUCUAAUUUCCCUCCUGCUGAGAUCUUGGAUAUGUCUUUAGAUCUAUUUUUCCGACUGUUCAAUCCUCUCUUGCCUUUUGUUCAUCUUCCUACUUUUUCGGCGAAGAAGGCACGACCAUCACUCCUAUACGUCAUGACGCUAGUUGGCAUGACAUUGCUUGGCACAAAGGGGACAACUGCUUUCGUCUCCAGAAAUUUCUCUAGCGUUUUGGAUAAAGUGGCUGUCGAAUUUGCUAGAUGCUCAUUGGGACUCGAGAAUGCUGCUAGCACCAUGACGUUGUUCGCGACAGCUUUACUUUUAUUGAAUCUGGCUGGUUUGACAGGAGAAAAGACGCAUCUAGAGCAGUGCCAGCCCCUUUAUAUCAACGUCAUGUCUGUGGCUCAAAGGCACGGGCUUUUCUCGGCCACUGAAGGACAAAUUCUUGAUAUGACUCUAUUUGAGACUGUCCCCGAUAUAGAAAUGAGAUGGAAAGCAUGGAGCAAAAUUGAGUCAGCCAAGAGAAUAAUCGUCGGACUCCUUCUCCUGGACUCCUGGUACUCUUCAUUCCUCUCGACAUGUCCAAUUGUCCUCCCAGACUCGAUCCAACUCAUCCUCCCCUGCAGUGAAUCGCUUUUCCGUGCAAACUCAUCCAUACAAUGGACACAAUUGAUUCGCAGCGGCAAGCGCAUCCUCUCAUCCACGAUUUUAGCUCCCUCUGAGAACGUCAGCGUCCCAGCCUUGGAAGGCCCCCCAGAAGACUUUUGCAUCCAAGCAGUCCUGUCCAUCGUCCAUCUACGCCAGUCUGAAGCUUAUCAUCGCCUCCUCUCCAACAGAGCCAGUUACCCCUUCGCACCGUGCCACACCUACGCCAUGGACGGCCGCGCCAGAUGUCUCCCCUCGUUACAAUCCCAACUCAUAGCAACAUACGGCGACACCCUCGACCGCCUCAAUCCAAAUGCCCUCAUAUCCUGGCACCACAUGUGCAUGAUGCUGACGGCUGAUAUCCAAAUAUUCGAUCUGGCCGCUGGUCGCGCCGGCCCAACUCCUGCCCGCAAAGCCCUGGAAGAUAUUCGCGAUUGGUCGCAGACCCCUGCUGCUCGUCGUGCAUGUCUGCACGCAGCACAUAUCUACAAAGCCAUGUCGAAUAGGAAAGCUUCUGACCAUCCGGAUUUCCAAUCGGUAUUAUCGCUCUUCUCCGCUGGCUUAGUUCUCGGUCUGUAUACUUUUAUGGUGCCGGACUCUGCGAGUUCACUGUCUAGUAUUGGGUCUGUGGAGUUGAUGGAUGAUGUUGAAUGGAGGUCUAUUGGGGCGGAGGGAUUUACGAGCUUCAUGGAACCGAGAGGGAGCCAGACGUAUGCACCGACUGACGAUCCCGCUGUCAACUUUAUUCGCAAUGGUGCUACGAUCUACUUGCGAGGUCUUCCUUUCCACGGUGGAUAUCAGUCUGCGCGUCGCAUUCUUCUUGACUACGCUUCUCUUCUUAAGGACUCUGGGAAGUGGAGUGUCAAGAAAUUUUCUUACAUUUUAUACAUUAUGAGUGAUGUUCUUAUGGAUGUGGAAUGA